AUCAUUUUAUUCAAUUUAUUAGUUUUUUCAGAAUGUUCUGAGUAACGAGUAAGGUUUUGAGUAGUAAGGUGCCACACACCAAUAAUUCUGGAAAUAGAUCAAAGUGACGUAACUUGUCUUGUAAACUUAUGGCAAUUUCUGCAAAUUUGACAAAUUUCAAGAUGAAAACUGUUUCAAACAGUGGCAUAUUUCAGUGAAUUGUAAGCUCAAGAAGACUUAUUUAUAGUUUUAGUCUUUUGACUUAAAAAAAUACAUUUUUGUUUUAUUUUACGAUUAAUGCCAGUUUUGGAUAAAGUUUCUAGCAUGCAAGUUCCUGAAGUCAAUUUUAAUUGCCGCCAAAAAGCUGACCUAAUGAAUACGAGCAGUCAAAAUAAAGGAAAUGCUGAUGUUGACCUUUUAGUUGCUUGUAAAGUUCAGCUUUCAUCUGAAGUCAUACGGUGGAAAACAGAAAGUCUACGUUUGCAAAAAGAGUGUAAUGUUGCUCAACAGAAAGGCAAAGAACUAGAUCAGACAGUUUCUAAAUUGCUUGAUAAAACUAAAGAAUUAGAAAGUCAACUGACUCAAGCUAAGGAAGAAAAUAAACAUCUAAAGCUCAGAAAUGUUCUCAUAGAUGAUACAAAAUCGGGCAGUAUGCAGAGACUUUCUCAGAGUUUAAAUAAGUAUAACUCUUUUCCAACUGCGUCAAGUUUAUUGAAUCCAUCUUUGUCUAGGUUGUCAGGUAAUUCUGUAACAGACCCUAAACAGGAGGAAUUAGCGGUGAGGCAAGUGUCCCAGGAAAUGUUUCAGCAAAUGAAGCGAGAAAUGAAAGAGCUUCAGGAGAUGAAUUUAAGCAUUUCUGUUCAGGACACAAAAAACGAUGAAGAGGGUGAUCAAACAGACUGCAAGGAGGAGCUUGAGGAAACGAUAUCUAAUUUAGUAUCUGAAGCAAGUUCCUUAAAACAUCAUCUACUUGAACAACGAAAAAAGCUGUAUUUGCUAAUUAGAGAUUAUAAUAAAGAUUUUGGGCUAAAGGAAUCAAUCUCGGCUAAAAGAAGAAACCAAGAUACUCGGGAGACUGGUGUGUGUACACAAUCGAAAGUCAUCAAUCAACCUUCUACAAUCAAAAGUCAGGAGUCACCUCAGAAAGUCUCUCAUAAUAACUUAGUUGAACCUUUUUGCAGUGAUUUACAUAUCAUAAGAGAACCUACCGUUGCUUGGAAUUAUGAGGACGAUCUCACAAUUCACCCAACUUCUAAUGGCAGAAGUGGAAAUUUCUGCGUGCUUGGAGAAGAAACAAAUACUACUCAGGUUGUGCAAGAAAGAGUUUGCCCCAUAUGCCAAAAGCAGUUUGAUUCUAAAGUCCUUCAGGAUGUGUUUGAAGGACAUGUAUUUGAUCAUUUAGAGCAAGAAAGUGAAUCAUUUCUGGACCAGUUUGUUAUGUUAUAAAGUCGAUGCAAAGUAUUAGCAGCAGAGUGGACCAAACAAAUUGAAGUAACUUAAAUCUUUUAGUGGUUGUGUGGAAAUCUUGCCAACUAUGUUCCAUCAUUAAGAGUUAUGCAAUAUAUUUAAUAGCUAUGAUAUUAUAUUUUCUGUCACAUUGAACUGAGUGUCAAAAUUUGAGUAAAAAAUGCCUAAAAUCUAAAAAAUGAGGAAAUUAUAAUAGAUUUUGUUAAUAAGCUUUCUGUAGCUCUUAUUAUUCCAUUACCAUUCUUAUUACUAUUAAGUUACCAUUUAUUCACAAAAAUAUCUAUUCAGAGUUUUAGAAUCAUAGCUUAUUGGUUAUCCUAAAUUGUCAUCUAAAUCAUCCAGCCCAAAAUUUGAUGCCACCAAGGUGACCAAAUAUAUGAAGUUAUUAUUCUAAUAAGAAAUUUGUUAAGAAAUGGUGACUUUUUAAUGCUUUAGAUAGCUUAUAAAUAAAAUCUAGAUUUGUUUUUUUUUCCAAUUCUGUGAACUUCAAGUAUUUUUAGCAGGUUUCGUUGAUUUAAAUCAGCUUGAUUUAAAUCACGAUUUAAAUCAUGAUUUAAAUCAAAU